AUGGUUGCGGAAAUAUCUGUAUUAAGGACUCAUCAAAAUGGAAAAAAACAUUCUCAAUUACUAAUGGAACACAAUAUUUCAUUUUUAACAAGUGAUCAUUUGAUUGAUUUGUUGAAAGAAACAUUUGAUGAUUCAGAUACUGUCCAAUGCUUAAAUAUGAAACAUACUAAAACUACUGCAAUCAUUAAAAAUGUUAUUGGUGCUAUACAAAAAAUAGAAUUGGCUAACAAACUAAAAUCUUGCAAGUUUAGUAUUAUGACGGAUGAAUCAACUGAUAUUGGUACAAUUAAAACAUCAUGUAUAGUAGUCAGGUUUUUUGAUGAAGGUUCCAAAAAAAUAGUGAGUACAUUUUGGGAGCUAGGUACACAACGUUUUUGA